UGCGGGCGGGAGUGUAACACACAGGCGGUAAUGGUCAGAAAUUCAGCGGCAUGAAGAAAACAGUCCCGCGCAGGGCUCUACUGCUGCGUUUAAGUGUUUCAAUUUUUUAAAACAAAUUCGAUUAAAAAUAAAGGCACCCGACCCGGCCCGUGUCCGAGGUAAUUGCACAGUCGUUGGCCCGAAGCCCGACCCGAGGGCCUAGGGCUUCAGUGCAGGCCUCUACUACAGGACAACGUAACCUGCAUCCACCUCGGCUGAAGACCCCUUGGACACAACUACAACAGGACACGGCGAAGAAGAGACGCUGGGAAAGGAUCAACUACCUCAAGCACCCGCACCCAAAUCUCCAGACUGGUUUCACGGUCAAAGACCUGUAGGACCUUUUCGGGGACAAGAUCAGCUCCCUGACAAUUGGACAACCGCCUCGACACGCCACGGAAGGACCCUGAAGUCUUCCUUUUCAGAAGUUGAACUUUGCGCUUCAUGUUCUGGACCUGGACUUUAAGAUACUUCUCAUCCCAAGACUGAAACCACCCUGAUCAUCGGAAGAGGACUCUGACUUUCUAACCUAUUCUCCAACCAAGACUCCCAGUCUACGGACAAGCCCUUUGAUGAAGAACGCCUGGUUUGCCUCAGCUCUGCCAUGGUUACAGCUGUGAAAAUUAAUAUUACACCUUCAAUUUUCCUCCUUCACUGAAGGAUUCGUCUGCACCUUGGAGCUUUGAUUUAAAUUCACCUGAUGUUUCAACACAGCGAACUGAUGUUUUCUGUGUAUUAUCUGGUUUUGCUGACCCUUCCCAAUCUCCUUACAGGAACUGCCAUAAGUCGUGGAAUUGUGCAUCACAGUAAAUUCAUUUCAAUACGUAUGAAAUAGCUUUUCUUAUGGUUAUAAUUGCGUUGAUCUAGCCGAUCCCUGUGUACGGCUGUAAGAUGUUUUUGUCAGUUGUGUUUGCAUUAUUUGUGUUUAUGAUCUUUUUUGUUCUUAUUAUUUUGCCGAUUUUUGUAUUGAACUCUGUAUGGAAUGAUUCUUUGGACAAGUUAACAGGAUUGAGAGUACGAUCCGCAUUGUCAAUGCUUGCAGCACUUCAUGCUGUGUGCCUACCUCAUAGUGUUGAUUCUGAACCUUUUAUAUCUGAUCGUAGUGUUUAUUACUUUACUUAUUACUUUUCUUGUUUUGAUGCCCAUCAAUUUAGUUUUGCUUUUGUCUUGAGUGAAUUGAUUUGUAACCUGUUGGGCCUUGUGACUACUGAGAUGAUCACCUUUCCUGGUUUACCCCUUUUCUAUUACUUGAUUUGGCGCUCUAUAAAUAAACUUUUACAUACUUACUUACUUUCCUAGUUAGUGGCGACAAGUUAUGGAAGUGGAUGAAAUUCCUCAUUAUUUUGCUUCUUAUUAUUUUUCCUUAUUUGGUUUUGUUUUUUUUCAUUGCUUCCUUUUGUUUGGUUAUCCUAUUCGGAUAAACAGGAGGGAAUGUUAUGGAAAAAUUUAUGUUUAAUAAUUCUUGAUCAUGGACUCAACCAACUGGAUGUAAUAUGUACUGCUCUAUGCCUCUCUGCAUGCUCACACACACACACACACACACACACACACACACACACACACACACACACACACACACACACACACACACACAAACACACACACACACACACACAAACACACACACACACACACACACAAACACACACAAACACACACACACACACACACACACACACACACACAAACACACACACACACACACACACACACACACAAACACACACACACACACACACACACAAACACACACACACACACACACACACACACACACACAAACACACACACACACACACACACACACACACACAAACACACACACACACACACACACACACACACACAAACACACACACACACACACACACACACACACACACACACACACGGGUUUCAUUAAUUUUUUUUACACUCAAGCAUCUCCCCUCUUCAGCACCAUGGACAGCAACGUGACAGAGACGCCCCCUCCCUUGCUGUGAGACACUGAGUCCUAUAAUGUGACCGUGUGAGCUCUGGUUGACCUUCUCCGUCCAUAAGGCGAGUAGGAGUGGUCGUGGUGGGAGGGGGGCGCGCCAGGGGAGAGGACUACUUCCUGAAGCGAGUUUAAACUCGGGUCUGGAUCGCGACGGAAACAUGAGGAGAUUUCGUGACACCAAGAAGCUCAAAGGGAAAGAAAAACAUCCCUCCUUUGAAUAGAAACCAGCUGAAAGUGAUCAGCUAGUUCGGGCUGGAGCCUUAGACACGCGCCGGAACAGGAGGCGCAGAGCUCGCGUCUCAUCCGCUCUCUUGCUGGAUCCCGCACCUGUCCCUGGUCCAGGCCUCUGCGCGUCCUAAAAACGUGUAAGGAAACCUGUUUGAGCCGGAAGCUGCGCUGCCUGCCACUUAUUCUUCUCUUGGAUUCAUUUGUAUUUUCUACAAGUGGAAAGAUAAUGCAGAAACAGAGCUGAAGAUAUUUUACUUUUAAAGCUGAUUUAUUAUUUUUAUUAUUAUAAAAAUGUAUUUUUCCGGGAUUUGAGUAUUUUAGUAUCACUUGUCGCUCCUCUCCGCCACUCUCCGGAUCAGGAUGUUUGGAGUUCGCAGGAAGUAAAUAGAUUUUUUCCCUGUUUUCUUCCUCCCGUGACGCCUGGCUGAAGACAGCGUGAACACCGAGGAAGUCUGUGCGAACAUGCCGCUAUUCAGCUGAAAUCUUAAAAAACAAGUGGAACGAUGUUGAGCUGUGGGACAUUUUUAUGACAAAGUGAAGGUGGAGGUUUGAAAAAAAGGGAGAAACAAUUUCUUGAUUAUUAUUUUUUUGCCUUUGGAGCUUUUAUUCGGAUCUGCAGCGGACAGAGACCAACAGGCAAUCUUGGGAGCAGCUUGUUGAUGGCACUGCGCACAGGGAGGACUUGGUUUGGGCAGGUUUUGCGCAGGGUCUUUCGGCUGCAGGGCUCCUGGUCCAGGCGAUCAAGCAGUCUGUUGUGUCUCUCAGCGAACCAGGAGCAGGAUCUGGAGGUCUGCCACCGGUAUCAUCACAAGGUGGGGGACUUCCAUCAGUGCCCCGGCUCCGGUGUCCAGCGCUCCCUGAGCUCACCUUCCUGCGCUCCCGCCUCCCGGCGCUGCCCACGCGGCUUCCCUCACGCCUGCUGCGCCUUCCCGGGGAAUCCGAGGGGACAUGAACCCCUCAGUCACCGCUUCCUUUUGGCCAUGAAGCGGCAAAACGUGCGGACUUUAUCCCUGAUUGUUUGCACGUUCACAUACCUGCUGGUGGGGGCCGCCGUCUUUGACGCCCUGGAGUCCGACUUCGAGAUGCGCGAGAAAGAGCAGCUGGAAGCCGAGGAGAGGCGGCUCCAGGGGAAAUACAACAUCAGCGAGGAUGAUUACCGCAAACUGGAGAGCAUCAUCAUGGAGGCUGAGCCCCACAGAGCCGGGGUGCAGUGGAAAUUUGCGGGGUCAUUUUACUUUGCCAUCACAGUCAUAACCACUAUAGGCUAUGGACACGCAGCCCCAGGGACCGAUGCAGGGAAGGCUUUCUGCAUGUUUUAUGCCGUCCUUGGAAUCCCUCUGACUCUGGUCAUGUUCCAAAGUCUGGGAGAGAGAAUGAACACUUUUGUCAAAUACCUCCUGAAACGCAUCAAGAAGUGCUGCGGCAUGAGCAUCACGGACGUGUCCAUGGAGAACAUGGUGACAGUGGGCUUUUUCUCCUGCAUUGGCACGUUGUGUAUUGGUGCUGCUGCCUUCUCCCACUAUGAGGACUGGAGCUUCUUCCAGUCCUACUAUUACUGCUUCAUCACAUUAACAACUAUAGGCUUUGGGGACUUUGUGGCCCUUCAAAAGAACCGGGCCCUCCAGAAGAAGCCCCUGUAUGUGGCCUUUAGUUUCAUGUAUAUCCUGGUGGGUCUAACAGUUAUCGGAGCAUUCCUUAACCUCGUGGUCCUCCGUUUCCUGACUAUGAACAGUGAAGAUGAACGGCGAGAUGCCGAAGAGCGCGCUUCACUUGCUGGUAAUCGUAACAGCAUGAUCCUCCACACACAGGACGAAUCUCUGCAGCGGGGGCGAAGGCGACGUGAGCCAUUCAGGGCGGAGGUGACUGAUCUGCAGUCAGUGUGCUCAUGCAUGCAUUACCACUUGCAAGACUACGGCAGCUCUAGAGGGGGGAUUGGAGGCCUGGGUUGUGCCUUUUCCCACCAGAACUCCUUCAGCUCCCAACUGAACCCUAACCAGUACUUUCACUCAGUUUCCUAUAAGAUCGAGGAGAUCUCACCGAGCACCUUGAAAAAUAGCUUCCUACCUUCGCCCAUCAGCUCUGUAUCUCCCGGCCUUCACAGUUUUACAGACAGUCACCAGCUCAUGAAGAGAAGGAAAUCUGUCUAAACCCCUAACGGGACAAAUACGUUGCCAUGGUUUGUAUACAAGGUCAAAGCAUUUCCAAUGCUGCUCCUCUCCAGAUCCUGUUUUAGCACUUUUCCCCUCAAAUUGGUGGUAAUAGAAGUAUUUCUGGAAACAGGUAAAGAACAUUGCACAGAACAGCAAGUGUGGACUAAACCAGACGCAAAGCAUGAAGCAAGGAUUUCUAUUUUUUCAAGAGAUUGCAUCGUUUCAAAAGACACUUCCUGAACUCUGACAUCUUAUUACAGAUUUACACUAACCGAAUCUAUGAACUUUGGUCACAUACCAAAUGAUGCACACUGGGAAAAAGCUAUUUUUCAAAGAGAGUUUGCUUGUUUCACUUUGACUUGAAUAAAUAUUUGUGCAUUAUUCCAUUGCCUCACUGCAGACAGAGAAUUCAACAUGACCUAAAGCAUCAGGUUUUUGUUUUUCUCUAAGCAGUCUUUUAUUUGUAUAGUUUCACCUCACCAUAAACCAAACUGUUGUUGCCAAUAACUGCAUGUGGAUUUGAUGUCAUUUACUAGUUUAAAGUCUUUGUCUUUACUUCAGAAAAUCAUACCACUGUUUAUUGACAUUUCCUGUUGAUUUAGACGAGUUGAACUGGGCCAAAAAAGCUUUAAUUUCAUGCCACACUCCCAAUUCAUCAUAAUGUUUUGCAGAUUUGGAAUGCAAUAGAAUGAUUAUGGAUUAUCUUGUCAAUGGAAUUUAGGUUCUAAUUUAGAUGUCAUGUACUAACUCCAAAGACAAAAGUACAAUCCAGCUAAUGGUGGCCAUUAGUUUCUGUAGUAAAUGUAGGAACAAGUGAGGAUGGCAGAGAAAGUGAUUAACCAACCUUUGGAUGAAUCAUUUCCCAGCAACACCUUAGCAGCAUAAGAAUAUCUUUCAUUUACCCUUAUGUUUGUGUUUCUAGUCAGAACAUUGGAGGGAACAUUUGAAAGGUCAGUUUCCAUGACUGGGUUAGGAGUCAGCAUGGUAGCUACAAGCAAAACUAGUUUAAAAGUAGAGAUUUGUUUUUAUGGCUACAACUGGAGACCGUGUUAAUAUAAUGGAAGCCAUUGGCCAUUCGAAUAAACUGCUGGUUUUGUUAAAUUCAUAAUAUUGUGUUCACUUCAAAAUGUCCACCCAUCUAUUUUACUCUGCUUCGAGGUUGGGUCGAAGGGCAGCUGCCUAAGCAGGGAGGUCCGGACUUCCCCUCUCCCCAGCCACUUGAGCCAGCUCCUCUGGGGAAAUCCUAAAGCAUUCCCAGGCCAGACAACCCCUUCUCACACCUGAAGCGUCAAAAAAUGACACUGGCUGACCAAGCAUUUGUUUCUGAUGUGUUGGGGCAUUUAAACUCGAACCUCUUGCUAUUUUCAAUUCAAUUCAAUUUCAAUAAAAUUUCAAUUUAAUAUUUUGUACCUUCCCCUCACCCCCAUCCUAACAUUAGCCCUGUUUCUCGCUCUAAAUUUCCCCUUAACCGUGUUUGAGAGGGAUGAUACAACUAGAAACAAGGUUUUGCAUGCGCAAGAGGGUUAAGGUUAGGAUGGGGUGAGGGGAAGGUUAAAUGGCAAGAGGGUAUAGGUCAGAAUUCGGUGGCAGUCGUAAACCGACGCUCUGGCACAGGGCGCUGCCUCCCGAUGUGUUGGGGCUCCCAAAUGUUUGGACACCCAUUGUCAGUUGUGUGAGAAUGUGUACUCCCUCCAGCGCGUCCUGGGUCUUACUUUGGGUCUCCUCCUGGUUGGACGUGCCUGGAAACCCUCACCAAGGAGGCGUCCAGGAGGCAUCCUAACUAGAUGCCUGAACCCACUUCAUUUCAGCUGCUUGCCUCAUUCUCACGGUCGCUACCGAAAGCUUGUGACCAUAAGUGAGGGUUGGAAAGUAGAUCAACAGGUAAAUCGAGAGCUUCGCCUUCCAGCUCGGUUCUGUCUUCGCCAUGACAGACCAGUUCAGCACCAGCCACAGCACCAAUCUGACUAUCGAGCUCUCACUCCAACGUUCCAUGAUGUGUGAAAAUUGUUUCUAAAUGGUUAUCAUAAAAAUAACCAAACCGUAACUCAGCUACAGACACCUAUAACUUUACUCGACCGUUUGGGUUAAAAAGUUUGACGUUUUGACUAAAGUACACCACAGAAGCUGGUAAGCACUAGGCAUCAAAACAAAAGAGGAUGGACAAAUUCAGUCCUUCGGUUCAUUACUUUAAAGUACGUACAUCAUUUUGUUAGAUAAAAGCAAUACAUCAUUGUUUGACUUUGAGUAAACAAUAUAUCCUAUGAAUGACUUUUUUAAAACCAUGUCUGCUAAGAUGGACAUUUGUGUCCACGUGGAGCUGGUAGUCAGAUCUAAACUCAGGAACAAUCUGUGCUUAUUGUUUAAAUAGUUUAAAACAGAUUUCUACGACCGGUUUCUACACCUGAUCCUUCUAAUUGCCCUGUAGGGUAAAAAAACUGUGCUGUUUAUUUCUACAGUGCUAAUUCAAAACUAAAGAAAUGUCUAAAGAGCCAUACAAAAAGCAAAGCAGCCAGAUCUUAUCAAACCAGCUCAAGAGUAAAAGCCAAUGUUAUGUAAUCAAUCGUAUCGACUUGUAUGAUUUUAAAGGAAGAGUUGUUGAAACAAGGUGAAACAGAGAAACUGCUGAUGUCUUUCACAGCAGAAUAUCGAGGAGUAAUACAAGAAAGUAGGUGUUAAAUCAUGUUUAAACAGCACGAAUAUAAAAAGUUAUUUAACAUAAACAUCAAAGCAAAAUAAUACUACAACGGGGCAUGCUGCAUGCGAUUAAUACUCAAACUGAUAAUCAAGCAGAUUCAUUUUUUCUUCUUCUUACAACCGAAGUGCGAUUGAUUUAUUCCUGUUGCAUUUGUAAGUGGAGCAGGUUUGGAUGGAGGAGCUGACCCAGAGUCAGAUCUAACAGCAGAGGGAGCAGAGUACUGCGUGUACUUUGGAGACAUCAUUUAAAUAAUAGAUCAGUAUUAACACAAGCUGAAGCCAUUAACAGGAAGGGACGGCUGAAGGAGGGGAAAGCUUAAUAAUAUCAGGAUAAUUCGUUUGGUUUCAGGAGAAAAAAGGGACCUGUGGUAUUUUAUGGAUGAGGAGCUAAAAAGUUUAUGAACGGUAAGGGCAAAUGAUUUAAUUGUGACUGAGUAGCGUUGAGACCAAGUUUACUUGAUUUUUCAACACAUUAGCAGUGGUCUAGUAAUACGAAUGAAUGCCUUGUGAGUCGAUCUCAGUGGAAGUAAAGUUCUUGUGCUCCUGUUUCAGAAAGUAGAAGUGAGUCAGAGGAGCAGGGAGCAGACAUUGAUGUUUAAUUUCCACAAAUCCCACAAGCCUAGAGGGGUUCUGCUAUUUAGUAGCAUUGCUAAUGCUAAUGGUUUGCUUCAGCUAGUUAAAAUGUUUUCUGCUGUUUCCUGGAUGCUAAACCAACAACAGCUUUCCCCGUCACGAGCCAAGAUGGAUGAGUCCACGAAAGCUGACUUUCAAUGUCAUGUAGAGCUGACUAGCUUUUCUAAUCUGAGCGCUUCAUCUAGUUAUCAUCGGUGGCUAAUGCAGGAAACGAGGGUUCUAUUUUCACGCGCUGCCUGCAUGUUAAACACAGAAUGACUUGAUCAUAUUUCAAAAAUAACAAGUUAAAAAAAAGUUUUUCAGUGACCUUGGUCUUCAGUGAUGAAUGAUCCAGGAAGAUUUAUAAAAAUCUGCCAUAUCUUUAGUAGGAGUCUAAAUGUAUCCAGAUUACAGAGUAAGCAUGAUUUCAGUUACACCAGGAAGUAAAUUAAUAUUGUUGGCACAAAAAGUGCAUUCGGGGUCUUUCCCCCCUCCUUUUCCACACAGCUAAAAAGAGUUUGAUAACCUUAAUUUCUUAUGAUGAACAAACAUUUUCUGGAGAAAUAAAUAUGUUUUUGGAAAUAUUUUAGAUUGUUCCUGCCUGUUUAAAGUUUUUUUUUCAGUCUGUCAUUUCAUUAAUCUCCUGUUCAGCUUAGCUCACCACACGCAUUCAGUGGCAUUCUGUUUAGGCAGAUGUUAAAGUCCUAAUGAUUUGUGAUAAAAUGCAGCCAGGUGUCCAAUUUGACAUACCGGGUAAGCCCAAAAGACAAUGUUUUAUUGUUAGAACUACUCUGGUUUGAACAUUCUCUAAAAACAUUUACAGAAACCUUUGGAAUGAAAUUUCUUUUUUUCAUGUCUAAAUUGCAUUUGUAUUUUUACACAACCACAUGUGUGUCUUGAAGAACCAACAUAGAUCAAAUGGAUACAUUAAAUAUCUUGACUAGAGGUUGGUUUGUGUUUAGGCAUUGUUUUGAUUUAUAAAACUAGAGCAUAAGAUCAGAUAUACGAGGCAAAAGCAGCAUAGCCUUUGACCUAAAGUAUUUUUAAUUUAAAACUAAUUAGAAUUGGCUAUACCAGUGCUCUGUGCUCAAGCAUACAGAAACAUGUCAUCGACUUUAAAGCAGAAAUCCAGUUUUUUUCACAGACGACACCACCUAGAGGAGGAAAUGUGUAUUGCACCUUUGAGCCCCUCUUCCUGCUUCCGUGACCCAGCUGGAAGUAACGUGACAGUACAUCACUACAAUUCCAGCUAUUAUUCGCACGUUAUGCUGUUUUUUCAUACAUAUUUUGCAAAGACUUUUCUAUCUUUAAGAAAUAUCGCCAACUCUGCAUUUGUUUGACAUCCAUUUAAAUGGAAUGCUGAGAUCCUUCCUUGAAAUACAUGUUUAGGGGCUUUCGGAAGAUUUAGUCUAUUGGCUUUUCUUCACUUUUGUCUGUCUUUGAGUAGAAGUAGGCUUUUGUGAAAUCUGUAUUUUUAUGGCUAUAAAGACAGUUGUCGCUGCUCCAUGAUUCGCCGUUUAUUUGCAGCAUUGCAAACAGUUCAAAACCGCUUCUCAGUGUUGGUUCUUCCACAAACUGGCACACACUCUUUGUUUGUACUUAAAAGUGGAUAUUCAUGCUAAUGGUUAAUUCUUAGCAGCGCUUGAUUCAAAUUGCUUGAGGCGCUAAGGGACAGGGGGCGGGCUCAGCAAAAGAUUUACAUAUUAUCUAAUUAUUUAUCAAAACAGGUUCAGACUAUCACCUUUACACAUUUCUGAAAAAUAAAUAAAUAAAUAACCCGAAAAGGGGAAAACUUCAGAUUUCAGUUUCAUGUUGAUCUCUCAGAAAAUGCUUUCCAGACCUAAUUUUGGCAAAAAUAAAUCAGUUCUGAACACAUGAACCAUUGACAAGCUAGAAGUUCGAUUGGUUUUGUUUCCCUCCUACACGAGUGCAAAUUACUCAGAUCUGUCAGCCAUCAUGCCACAUGUCAAAUUGAUGCCCCUCAACCGAGUGUCACUCUUCAACACUGAUGGGUAAGAGAAGCACCCACACACACUCUCAUCAGAUUAAAAGUGUUGUCCUGCGUCCUUCACCUGCCAGGUGGUAUCAGACAACACCAAAGGUGAAUACUGGCUUGUGUUACUUUGCAGAAUCACCCUUGUCAUUACACAGCACAAGUGCAUGUGUGGUUCGUAUAUAGUCUUGCUGCAUGUGGCAGUAUGCUCAGGCCAUUUCUGUCACCAGUGCCGUGUUCAUGACAGGGACAAAGACCUAAACUGCACUAUUACCCAGUGUUUGUGAGAAAUAGUUUUAUAACAUGUUUCUCUUUAGAUCCGAUGAACAAAUGACACCUUGUACCAUAUGCAGCCUUCUUUAACACCCCUGGCCAGACAAUAACAUGAACUAACUUGCUUCUUCUGUCAUAAAUUUAAAGCUAUAUGUAUGUAACACUUGUGUGUGUUGUCUCUUUACUCCAAAUGUUAGGAGAAGAUUGUUGAGAUGUAUUUUCUUUUUUUUCCAGAGUGAAAUGAACAUCAUACAGACUAAUUUAAACUGGUAUGUUUUUGGUUACUCGUACUUUCCCUGUUAGUUUUUUUUUCUGGUCAGUGUGUGUACACGAACUGGUCUGGAUGAUAGAGGAUAAAUGGCCAAAACGAAGCUACAACACUUGAAUAAAAUGAUGAGCCUCCUUCUGAAA